CAGAUACACAUAACGAGGAGAAGAGGCAGUAUGCUCAAGGCACAGACUUAUAUAAGCCAUGGAUUUACAGUGUAUAUUUACUAAUAUCAUGAUCGUCCUAGUCCAGAACUGCAUACUACUACUCAGCGUCCCAAUAUAAAUAACCAUCCCGUGAGGUAGCAACAAUUCUGAACAUUGGCCGCCCAAUCAAUGCAUUGAAAUAACAGGCCCAUGGGCAACAACCCGCCAAAUCUACACCUGCGCCAACAACCGAUACCAGUAAAGAGAGCAGCUUUACCAGCUUAUUCAAAUAACGGAUCACACAUCCGUUUGGAAGGCCUCGAGACAUUCCUGCAGGGUGUUAUUCCCCAAGCCGAAGCCAUCAGUGAUGGAGUCGCACAGGUGAACAUCGAUGUUUCAACUUCGGGAGUAUAUGCAGACAUUCAAGAUGGCAAGAUAUUCCACUUCAGCAGUCUACCAAGACAGGUGCGACUUAUCUAUGAGAUCGACGAGUCAGGUGAUAUAGUACGCUGGUGCACGCGAUAUCUCCGACGACCGAACACGCCGAGCCGACUCCGUUUACUCAAUGGACGAUUCAAUUGCUGAAUCCUG